AUCAUGUGAAUCCCAUCCGCAACAGAGCACCGCUACAUGUCGCAACUGAACACGGUAACUACAAGGCAAUAGCUGCAUUGAUGCAAGACAGCAGAACUGAUGUAAAUAUCCAGGAUAACUUUGGAUGCACGGCUUUGCACUUAGCAGCAAAGAACUUCAUGAAGAAUGCCGGCGACAUGGAGAGAUGUAUUGCUGUGCUCAUGACCCAAUCUAACAUAAAGGUCAACAAGCAAAACAGGAAAGGGCGCACUGCAAUACAUGACGCGGUGCUAGGGAAUUGUAAACUAGCAAUUGAAGCCAUCCUGAGGUAUGGUAAAUGCAAUGUUACUAUUGAAAACAAAGACACACAGAGUGGUAAGACGGUACGAGAACUGAUUCAAGAGAAGUUCCCUGAUUUAGAUCUACCACCUCCAAAAUCACAAACGCUUUCGGAAGAUGAAGAUAUAGAGGUUGCUGCCUUGUUUGAACAUCUAUACUUCAAACAAUACCACACAUUCAAAUCAAAAUUUGAAAAAGCUGACAAAAAAUUGCUAAUAGAUGCUGAUGACGGCAAAUAUACAUACCUCCAAUACGCCUGUCACCAUGGUGUGCACGACGUUACCAAGUACCUCUUGUCCAAUGGAUCUAAUCCUAAUGCUACAAUACCAACCAAUAGGAAGCCUCCAAUAUUCCAUGCAUGUUCAGGUGGUUAUUAUGACAUCCUGCUCUUAUUAUUAGAAUACAAGGCAAAGGUUGAAGUAGUUAAUGGGAAAACACCACUCCAUGCUGUAGUGAAAGGUAAAAAGUUGAAACCAGCUGACGGCAGUAACCACCGUAAAUGUUUUGAAUUGCUUUUAGAAAGAAAGGAAAGUUUAAAACUUGAAAUAAAUGCUACAGACAUCAAUGGAAACACUGCCUUGCAUUAUGCAGUCAAGGAAGAAGACCAGCAGUACGCUAGAGCUCUACUACAGAAUGGGGCAUAUGUAGGCCUAGAAAACCACUUUGGUUAUUCGCCUCUGAACGACAUAGAUCCGCUGACCUUAAGGAGAUUCCUAGAUGACUGUUUGGAAAGCAAUGGGAAGUUCAGAAGAGAUGACAAAUAUGAACUAACAUUUAAAUACGGGUUCCUUGAACCACCUACAACUGACUGUGAUGUACAAUAUUUCCAGUCUCAAGAAAGAGGACAACAGGAAAAAUCAAGCAUAGGUUCACAGAAACCUGUUCCUGAAAUGUACCCACUCCACUACAUCAGCAAGUCUCAAGAUCUCAGGCCACUCCUCACGCAUCCCGUGCUGCUCAGUUUUUUGCAUCUCAAGUGGAACCAUAUUCGAGUCUUUUUCUACACCAACCUUUUAUUUUAUGCAAUGUUUGUGAGCCUGCUAACGUUUCACAUUCUGAGGGACUGCUCAGCACAAAAUGCAAACAAUUCAAUCUCACAAAGCAUUAUACAAACAACAACAAAGCACAUAGGCAUUGACUGGCUGCUGCUCAGCAUUCUCCUGGCAGGACUCGUGUUACGAGAACUGUUUCAAAUGGUCAUGUCACCCAAGAGGUACUUCUCUGGCUUUGAGAACUGCAUUGAAAUUCUCUUGAUUGUAUUCACAAUCAUUAUUCUGUCCAAGAACUGGGUUGAGCAAUGUACUCGACCUAUUAAUGCCAUUGCCAUACUUCUCGCCUGGACUGAAAUGUUCCUCCAGAUCGGUCACAUCCACGUAUUAUCAACAUACAAUGAGAUGAUGCGCAGGGUUCUGUGUAACUACUUAAAAUUCCUGGUAUGGGAUGUGCUCCUCAUUAUUGCAUUUGCUCUUGGCAUAACACCUAGAGAGAAUGACAGUGAAGAUAACUUCUUUCAGCAACCAUUCAUGUCCUUGUUCAAAACACUUAUAAUGUUAAUGGGUGAAUUCGACAUCUCCAGUGUACCAUUUUAUCUUGUGCCUGGUCUCAGUUAUGUAAUAUUUAUUUUAUUUGUGUUUUUAGUACCUCUAGUAAUGGUUAACCUGCUCAAUGGCCUCGCAGUGAGUGACACACAGGCCAUUAAAAAUGACGCAGAACUAGUCAGCAUUGAAUCCAUGAUUGAAACAAUCUUUUACUUUGAGACCAUGCUGCUUGGAGACCCCCUGUCAUGCCCCUGCCCAAUGGAAAAAAAAUAUCAGUGUUGUUGCUGGCCGAAAUAUAUUAACCCAAAACUCAGAUGUGUACGAAACUUAUUCAAGAAUGUAUUUCUUUUUCCAAAUUCAUUACCCAACAAUGAAUUAAAGGUACUCCCUAAUCUUGGCCACAGAAUUAUCGCCUUUUCUAGCGCAGUUUAUCUGAAGAAAAAACCUGACAAUGAAGUGGCCACAGAGCUGGAUUGCUGUGGACUUCCUGGUGGUUGCUGUAUGAUGGAUCGCAGUGUUCUGAAAUCUGCCAUGGACAUUAUAGACAAGAAGUCAGAAGAAUCAGAGCGACACUUGACCGAUAGGCUGGACAGUAUAGAGCAAAAGGUGCAGACUCUUGAGGAACAUUUGAACGAAUGGUUCAACCAGGGGAACGAUGAGUGACGAUUACUGUACAAACUUACUCACCUUAACACAAAUCAGUAAGCUAAAAAAUAUAAACUGGAAAUGUACCCUCACUUUUUAAUGUGAUGGUAUGUCUUACUGUUGCUAGUAGGUUGCAGAUUAUACAAAAUGCUUCUCAAUAACAUAAUCUUAUAUUGUGAUAUUUAAUAAUAUAAUCACUAUUCCGAUACUGUCACUUAUUACACAACACUACUAGUGUUCAUCGCACAUCAACACUUAUUGCUUUACUGCAGUAUUUUAUUGGUGUCACUUCAAAACAUCUUUCUAUUGUCAUGCAGUUGUCAUCAGGUUAAUUUCAAUGCUACUUUGCUUACACAAGUCAAAUUUCCAUGAUGUGACUAUAUAAAGAUAUGAAAAAUUUUAAAGGCAAAAAACCAUAAG